AUGGGAUCCCACGGGAGAAAGGGAGGCCAGCAAAACCCCCCAGGCAGGUUCCCUCCUGCAAACCCGAAUGACUUACACGAGGAAAUCCAGAGACUCAACUACCUCCUGGAAAUGGAGAGAGCCGGAAGGGACCAAACACUGGCCCACCUGGAGGCCGAGCUGCACAGCAAGACUUUGAGGCAGCAAGACUUGGAGGAGUUAAAGGUGGCCCACCUCCUCAGCCAGGAAGCUUUUGUAGCUGAAGUACAGGCUGAGAAAAAGAAAAGUGAGGCUCUCCAAGAACAACUGGACCAACUCCAGACUUCCUUUGAGGAGCUGCGCUCCAAGUAUCAAGCCGACGAUGCUCUGGUGAGGCAGGAGGCAGAGACACAAAAGUUUCAUGAACCAAGGCAGAGUGAGGAACAACGACUCCUGGAAAACCUGAGAGCUGAAAAAGACCAAAUGUUUCAUGAAAUGUCGCAAAAGAUCGCGUUCCUGGAAGAUAGUGAGAAACUUCUUCAGGAAGAAUUGACUCAACUCAGACGUUCAUACAACGAACUGAACAGUAAAUAUGAAAGCGACAUUUCUAUACUAAAGCAUGACGUGGAAAAAUAUCAGGAGGAGGUAAAACAUGAGAAAGACGCCAACAUUGAAAGAGAAAAGCAGAAUCUGCAGCUCAUCAACAAGCUGAGAGCCGAGAAGGAGGAGCUCUCCCAAAACAUGUCAGAAGAAAUCACCAUCUGGCAAAAAAGAGAGAAGCUGAUGUUCCAUGAACUGGAUCAGGUUCACGCUUCACACGAGGAGCUAAAAUGUAAAUAUGAAGCAGAAAUCCUGGAUUUACAGAAGCAGGUUGAAACUCACCAGCGGCAGAUAAAGGAGGAGAGAAAAGAUUGCCUGGAGAGAAUAGAGGAGAACAUGGUGCUUCUGGACACCAUGAGAGCUGAGAAGGAAGAGCUCUUCCAAAACAUGUCAGAAGAAAUAGCAAUUCUGCAAAAAAGAGAGAAGCUGAUAGUCAGUGAACUGGAUCAGAUUCCCAUUUUCUACAAGGAGCUAAAAUGGAGAUAUGAAAGAGAAAUCCUUGAUUUACAACAGCAGGUUGAAACUCACCAGCGGCAGGUAAAGGAGGAGAGAAAAGAUUGCCUGGAGAGAAUAGAGGAGGACAUGGUGCUUCUGGACAAGCUGAGAGCCGAGUAUGUCAUCCUCCAGGAAAACACAACAACAGAAAUUAAAUUCCUGCAAGACAAGGAUAGGAGCGCCCAGGCAGAGCUGGAGCAGAUUAACGGUUUGUACCAGGAGCUGAACUGUCGGUACAAAACUGAUGUCACUGCAUUGAAACAACAAGCAGAAACAUACCAGCAGGAGAUCAGUUGUCUGAAAAAUGAUCUAGAAAGAGCAAGAGAGGAUUUUCUGUUGGAGGACUUGGACAAUCCAGAGACUAAAACCACGCAGGAUGGUGGCGCUGCUAGAUGUAACCAGUGAGCACUGAACGGCUGCGUCAGAGGUUGUGUUGUGACGUUGCAGUUCUCGGGGCCGUUCG